AUGGCGGACUCUCAGGAUGCUCCAGCCACAAACGAAGACAUCUCUGUUCGUCUGGCAAAGCAGGUGACCUUUGCGGAUACGGAGCCGGAGGAGAAGCCAAACCCUCCCCCAGCUGAUCAACCAGACUCGGAUACAUCUGGCUCGACUAAGCCUCCACGCCCAAAAAAAGAGGAGGAGGAGGAUGCACCCGUGCCACUGGAAUGGGUUGAGGGCCAAAAGAAGAAGAAGAAAAGCAAGCCCCGUCCAAAGAGCAAACGAGGAAAGAACAAGCCAACAGGUUUUGAAGACUGGUUUGGCGAUGCUCCCAUGACUCCCGACGAAUUCGAGGUCGAAAAGGAGCUGUACGAUAUCUCCCGGUCUCCUCUUUGCCGCAUGGAGGAUGCUCUUCUGCGCUACCAGAAAAAGCGCCGCAUCGAGUCCGACAGAAGAGAGGUCUUCCUGAAGUAUCUUGCGUAUGGGGGUGUGGACGUGAGCCAAAAUAUGUUCGGAGGCAUGGACGCGCGUGACCUCAAGGCACUGGACAGUGAGCAGAUUCUUCAGGCGAGAACCCAGGCGCGCAUGAGAAAGGACCUCUCUCAUUUGACUAUCGAUUUCGAUGCCGUGGCCCGAGGCUUCCUGACUUCCUUCUUUCCCUACUACUUCAACCCUGAUACCGAAGCCGCGGUCAAGCUGGCGACUGUCACCAUCCGAAACUUCCUGUCGUACCUCCUGUACCACGAUGUGUGCCCGGAGUAUAAAGAGAACAUCGACCAGGCCAGGAAGUCGUGCGACAUCGCUGCAAAGGAGCUUUGGAAGAACCAGCAGCUCAUGGCCAAGGGCCCCGGGAACUUCAAUACGGCCUGCUCCACUCUCUUUGCUGGAGUCCUCUUCGACUCAAAUAUGGGAGAGAGCGACUGGGAAAACCCCCUGGAUGAUUCACCUCGCAUGACGAAUGAGGUGGCCCGCAAAGUGGUCAAGUUCGCCCUUGCCGGUGCAGGAUCCGACACGCAGGCCCGCCAAUUCCAGGAAAUGGCGAACCAGCACUCCCUCAAAGCAACGCGUGUCGAAGACAUCGGCGGGUUUGAGAUCACUGCCGUCCACCCACCCGACGCGGUCGAUUGCGAAUUCUACAAGCGAAACGCUCCGGAUCUCGUGCCUGUCGGACGACUGCUGGCAAAGUCCUACCGGGAUCCAGGGCAGCCUGAAUUCGACCUCAGUCCGGAGGAAUCUCUGGCCGGGCAGCCCGUGCUGGAGUUCCAGUUCUUCUUGGAGGGCAGUCUGCUCCAGUAUUGCUACCCGGGGAUGAAAGUGAUCAGUCCGGUGUGGAGGAUGAACGCAGGGUUUGACUAUUUCGAGGAUGUAUUCCGAGUUUACGGUUCCAUCUAUACGGUUCUGGCGAACGACCUGAUGCUGGGAUGGAAAGAGCCGAAAGAUAUGACUACCGGAAGCAGUGCUGGAGAGAGUGACAAGAAAAACGAGAAAGCAGACGACGGUGAUGGCUCGGACUCCUCCGUGACCUUGUGA